GCAAGCUGAGCUGUCAUCUCUUUUCCGAGCCCGAAUUGACCUGACCUGACCUGACCUGACCUAACCUGACCUGACCCCUUGCGCCAAGGGCUAGUCGCACGCACCCCCUCCUCCUCAUCAGCCUCGUUAUUUCACCUUUCUCCAACCGGCGCCCGCCGACCUACUUUAGUCCGCCAUAUUGGAUCUUACCCUAGCGUCCGAGCUCCUGGUGAUCUUGUUCUUCCUGAUGGUUCCCUCACUUAACACACACUCUCACACACAGACAUUCACACAACGAAAAGAAUAAAGCUCCUUCUCGUGUUCCACCAAUUCCUCGUUUAUUCCGCCGCAGACACUUUUUCUCGUAUCUCAUUAGCUACUACCAACUACUCUGCUGUCUUGCCUGCCAGUCAGUAAGUCAGUCAGUCAGUCGAUUAUUCGGACUGGAUAAACUGUACAUACAUAUAUGGACCCUCUUUCCCCUCUCGCUUGUCUUCAGAACUGCGGACCACCACCUUAGUUUUUAAAACACCCCGACACCGAUAUUUGCCAUUCACUCUGGGUAAACUAGCUGGGAAGCACUUUGCUCACCCCCCGAUCGACUUGAAAGAGCCCAAGGAUAUUUCCCAGAGACUGGCGUGAGAGUGUGAAAGACACUCGGAAACAACCAUAGCACCGCUAUAUGUGGGCAGCUUUUCAGAGGGAUAUGAGCACCACCUCGGUCCUCCAAUUAAGCGAGCUUGGCUAGUUGAAGCAUCCACCUGGAGGGAAGAGCAAUCGACGACGAAUAAAAAAAAAAAAAAAAAAAAAAAAAAAAAAAAAAAAACGAACAGCAGCAGACCGACAGACCAGCAAAAAUGGCUUUUGAUAUGCGGUCAAACAUGUCUCCCUCUUUGGCCAAGAAGGUUGUCGAUGAUGACAUGUCGGACGAUGAGUUUGACUUUGACGAGGAGUAUUUCAUGAGGACCUACAAGCCGCUUUCGAACUUGCCUACGCCCCCACCGUCUUCACAAAACUCCUCGGCCGCCCUCAGUCCUAUGUUGUUGGAGAUGCAGGAUGGCGAGAUGCGGGACCCAGCCUUCUUUGGAGCUGCUGUUCAUCUGGUCAACCUCUUGCCCCCAGCCGCAUCUCUGGCAACGCCGUCGGUUCCUGUUGUUCAUGCGAUUCUCACUCGAUCUGACUUGCCAUUGCAUACUGUGGCCUUGGCCGUAUGCAUCAUGGACUCCCUUGGUAGCAAGUUUCCUAGAGCUUGGAGGACGUCUUGCCCCUUGAUGCCUAUGGGCCCCGACUCCGACUUCGAUGUGGAUCCCGAUUAUACGCACACGGACGGGCGUACGGAAAAGCGCACGCGCCUGCAGCAUAUCGACUCGGUCUCGCCGGAACUCAUUGUCCUCGCUUCGUUGAUCAUUGCUGCCAAAUUCACCGACGACUCCCAGGAAUCAACUCGAUGGUAUGCCGGGGCUUGGGGCAGCUGGAUGUGGUCAUGUGACCAGAUCAACACGACGGAGCGAUGCAUCAUGGAGAACUUGGGCUACCGGAUCAUGCCCUUGACUGCCCCGGACAUCCUCGAGGAUGCUAUCACAGACAUGGCCAGAGCCGCGAAAUCGGCAACAGGCUACCCAGGCUGCGGUAACAGCAGCGGGUCGUCGUCGUCAUCAUCCCGGGGAGGAUACGCAACACCGGUUACACCCGCAAGUAGCUGCGAUGAUCGGCAGCUUGGGGGUCACCGGUGAACAGCUCUUUUUGGAAUAAUCUUCGUCUUCAUUGUCGUCAUCAUCACUACUGCCACUGUUAAGAACUGGCUGUUCCUGCCAAACAUCGACAUUCAUAACGUCCAUAAUAUUUCAUAAUCGGCUAUUUUCUUGUCUUGGUCGGAGCAUCAGCAGCGUGUUGGGUUUUUACAAACUGCUCUUUUUUUUUUCUCUUUUCAAUCAUGGGCGUUUCUGGCAUCUUAAUCAGACCAUAUCUGGGCGUUUGGUGGUCCUCAUUUGUCGUCAUUUACAUUUUUUUUGUCCAAGUUUGCAACAUCAUACCCCCUUCUUGUUUUAUUAUUUGGCGUUUUUUUUCCUGUUAUUACAAAAGACUUGGUUGGGCUAUAUUUGUUGCAUUUUAUCGUUUCCUCUGUGCCCGAUGAUGUGUUAGUCGGCAUUGGCACUUGGAGUGAGACACGGACAGAAGAAGAAGGAGAAAAGCCAAAGACUGUGCCCUUUUGGUUAGUUAGCUACUGGCGGCACAGAACAGCAUAGCACAGACUUGGUCACAACAACAUCACAUUGAAUAUGGUCUACCCUAGGUUGACAUACCUGGGCAAGUUUUUAAAUUCUAAUUUAGUCGCACGUCACGUCCGAGCUCCUUUGGUUCUCCCCAAUUGCCUAUGCAAUGACAUCAUAAGAGAUAAUUGCAAGCAAGGUUUUUGAAUUCAAGAACGAUUGAGACAACAACAUGGUUGGCUGUACGACGAGACAAGUCUAUGGACUAAGCCUCUCCAAGGUCCACUCUGCGUCCUUCUCAUCUGUCCUCUCGUAAACAAAGCGAUCGUGCAAUCUAUUCGCCCUCCCUUGCCAAAACUCAACCCGCAGCGGCACGAUCCUCAGCCCUCCCCAAAAGUCAGGCACUGGUAUGUCAUCGACGCCGGCAAACUUGCCCUCGGUCUCGCGCACCCACCCUUCAAGCUGCGCGCGGCCGUCGUCCUCGGCUCCUCCUCCUCCUCCUCCUUCUCCUGCUUGGGGUUUGAGCACGGCGCUCUGUCGACUCGCCCAAGCCCCGAUGCGGCUGCCGCGGACGCGCGUGUCGUAGUAGCGCUGCGACUCGUGGCGCGUCAGGCGUUCGGCCCUGCCCUCGACGCGCACCUGCCUCUCGAGCGGCUCCCACCAAAACGUCAGCGACGCCCACGGGUUCCCGACCGACGCGGCCGUGCCGUCGCCAAACAGGUCAAAGGCCUUGCGGCUGGUGCCAAAGUUGGAGUAGAUGACGAAGCCCUUGUCGUCGAGCUCCUUCAUGUAGACGACGCGGGCGGUCACGCGGCCCGACGGCAGCGACGCGGUCGACAGCGUGCACGUCUCCGGGUGGGAUACCUUGAGCUGCUGGGCUGCGGCGGCGGCGGCGGUGGUCGAGUCACCACCGUCGUCACCCAGCGCCGAUUUGAACCAGGCGUGGAACUGCCGGAUCGGCGACGUGGGGUCCAGGUCCGAGCGGUGCAGCCCCGUCCGCUCGUGCUUGAGGAACUGCUCCGCCUGGCUGUUCAUGGGAGCCGUCGAUGAAGGGGCGACUGUUGCGUGUUAAGGGGCCAUUGGUGGGCUGUGUUACUUACAGAUUAGCUUCUCCCCAUCAGGAGGAGGGUGCAAGGCCAUUGUUCUUCGAAAGCUGAGUGCUCCAAGUCGGCCGAGUGAGCAGUUGAGGCGGAUGAGGGGCCGAGUGAUGAUGUUCAUCAAGGCAAGGAAGCAACCAAAAAAACAAAGAUCGAACCCAAAGGAGGCUGAUAACAAUAAAAAAAGCAAAGCAGGCAAUUGUUCUUUUUAUUUAUAAAACAAAAUACUGCAACGUCUUACAGGCGAAAAACUAAUGGAAAAGAUCAAAAGAAAGUAAAUAUUCCC